AUGGCUCUUGUGGAAGGGGCAGUUCUAUCUGCUUCUUUUCAAGUUUUAUUUGAGAAGUUGGCUUCUCCAAUCUUCAAGGAGAUAGGAAGCAGAUGGGGAGUCACUAAAGAGCUCAAAAAAUUGAUGAGAAAGAUGCUUCUGAUCAAUGAUGUUCUCAAUGAUGCAGAGGAGAGACAAAUAAGUAACUCAGCUGUGAAGCUUUGGCUGAACGAUCUCCAACAACUCGCUUAUGAUGCCGAAGACAUUGUGGACGAGUAUGAAACUGUAAACCAACUAUCAAAAUUGGCCGCGGAAGCUCAAACCGACACAAAUCAGGUGCUGAUGAACCUUCUCUCUUCCUCUUUUAAUUCAACCGUUUCUGCAUUGAAUUACAGUCAAGGCAUGACAUCUAAGAUGAAGGAUAUCACUGAAGGAUUAGAUGACCUUGUAGAACAAAUGGAUGUUCUUGACUUAAGAAAGAGACUUGAGGGGAAAGGGAAAGAGAACAACAUAAUUGUAAAUAGACCUGCAACAAGUUCCUUAGUUGAUGAAUCACAUGUUCAUGGUCGGGAGAGUGACAAAAACAAGAUUAUUGAGUUGCUAGUAAGAAAUGGACCUCUAACAAAUAAGGUAGGUAUACUUCCUAUUGUAGGAAUGGGAGGUAUGGGGAAGACAACACUUGCUCAAUUUAUUUACAAUGACCAGAGGGUGCUGAAUCAUUUUGAGCUAAAAGCAUGGGUGUGGGUGUCAGAGGAAUUUGUUUUGGAGAGGCUUACGAAAUCGAUUCUCGAAUCGAUAACUCAAAUGUCCUCAGAUCUCAAAGAUCUAGAUCCACUCCAAUGUAAGUUGAAAGAAACUUUGAGAGGUAAAAGAUUUUUACUCGUUUUAGAUGAUGUAUGGAACGAAAAUGCUGAUUAUUGGGAUGUGCUGAAAAUUCCCUUUCUGGCUGGGAAACAAGGAAGCAGAGUACUAGUAACCACAAGGAGUAAAUUUGUUUCUUCCCUAAUGCGCACAGAUGCAGAUUACGAACUAGACAUUCUAGAAGAUGAAGAUUGCUGGUCAUUGUUCAGCCAAAGGGCUUUUGCAGGUAGAGACGAUCCCUAUGGAUAUCAUCAAAAUUUGCAAGCAAUUGGUAAGGAAAUUGUUAAAAAAUGCAAAGGAUUACCCCUUGCAGCAAAGGCACUUGGAGGACUCUUGCACUCUAAAGUUGAUGAGCACUAUUGGAGGUAUAUGUUAAGAAGUGAAAUAUGGGAUUUACCAGAGGAGAAAAGCAACAUUAUGCCAGCUCUAAGACUGAGCUACACUCAUCUCCCUGCGAAUGUGAAGCGUUGUUUUGCUUAUUGUUCCAUCUUUCCAAAGGGUUACAGAUUUGAAAAGGAAGAAUUAGUCUUAUUAUGGAUGGCUGAAGGUUUCUUACCUUGUAGAGGAAGUAUUCGAGCUGAGGACAGAGGUUAUCAAUAUUUCGAUGAUUUAGUCUUCAGAUCUCUUUUUCAGCACUCUGGAAAUGAUGGAUCAAAGUAUGUAAUGCAUGACCUAAUUCAUGAUCUAGCAGUAUCUAUUUCAGGAGAGAUUUCUUUUAGACUUGGAGGCAGCUACAAUAUUGAUCAAUCUUGCCAGCAAAUAUCCAAGAGUACUCGUCAUUCAUCACUCUUCACCAAAUAUAAUGAGGAACUAAAUUUUGAGGAUCUUUAUGAAGCUAAGAAUCUUCACACGCUUCUGUUACGUUCUGAAUUUGGACAUGGACUUGAAUAUAGUACACAUGUCCCUCAUAUACCUUCAAAAUGGAAGUUCUUGCGUGUGUUGUGUUUGCCUGGUCUUCACAAUCUCGUGUUGCCAGAUUCCAUUGGGAUGCUAAUACACCUACGAUACCUUGACUUCCAACAUACUUGCAUUGAAAAUUUUCCAGCAUCGAUUGGUAAGCUCUACAACUUACAAACUUUAAUUCUUGGUGCAUGUAGGACCUGUUGUAGACUCGGUGCUCCUGAGGACAUAGCCAACCUAGUUAACCUCCGACAUAUUCGGGUCAUCAUCCAAAGUAAUUUUAUUGAUAUCCCAGACGGAAUGCCUCAUGGUAUUGAAAGAUUAACUAGCCUCCAAACAUUGACUCACUUCGGGGUGGGAAAGAACAAGGGUGCAAGGUUAGGAGAUCUAAAGAACCUCAUGCACAUUCAGGGAGGAUUAAGCAUUUUACAACUGGAGAAUGUGGAUGGUCUUAAUGAGGCCAUAGAGGCCAAUUUGAAGAACAAGCAAAAACUUAACAGAUUGUGGCUAUGUUGGGGUGCUGGAAAACGAAGAGAUGAUGAAGAGGAAACAAUUGAAUGCCUUGAACCACCUAUGGGAAUCGAAGAGCUCAACAUCGAAUACUAUUUUGGAGCAAGAAUGCCUAGGUGGAUAGUGAUCCUCCCAAAUCUUGUGAAGUUGGAACUCAUAUGCUGUGAAACAAUCGAGGUCCUCCCUCCUCUUGGACAACUACCUUCUCUCAAACAUCUCAAAAUAUUUGGGAUGCAAGGUAUUAGGCAUAUCGGAAGUGAAUUUUACAGGGAUGGCAAUGUUAAAGGUUUCCCACUGUUAGAGACUUUAGAAUUCGAUGGUAUGACUCAGUGGGAGGAAUGGUCUGGAGGAGAUGGACUGGCAUUCCCUCAACUUCACAAACUUGAAAUCACCGGGUGCUGCAAAUGGAGAGGAUUUUCAUCAUCCAUCAGGUUUCCUGCUCUAGAAUUAUUGAACAUUACUGAUUGUGGAGGACUAACAUCUCUUGAAAUUCCAAGAAAUCCCUCACUCAAUGAUGAUAAUGGUGGUGGUGGUGGUGGUGGUGGUGACUUUGAAGACAUGUUUCCUUUCCUUCUUAAGCUUGGGAUAGUGGAAUGUCCCAGUUUGCAAGAAAUUAUGCCAGACAUUCAGACCAAACUAUCUUGUCUUGUUAGUUUGAAGAUCUCAGGUGGACUAGCACGCACUCCUGGCCAUUUUUCUUAUCCAGCUGGGGGUUUGCCCAUAACAAUAAGAUCACUUGAUAUAUCUGGUUGGAACUCACUUGAGAACUUCCAUCCAAUGGGUUGCUUGCAGAGACUUACUUCUAUGGAAGAAUUGACGGUCGGUGUAAAUGAGGGUCUCAUUUCAUUUCCAGAUGAAGUGGAUUGGUUGCUCCUCACAACCUUAUGGAAGAAGUUCUUCCGAAGAACAACAGUGGAAGAAGAAAUAAACAAGGAGAAACGUCGCCGCUGCCGUGCUGCUGCCAUCGCCUCUGCCGUCGCUGCUGCCGUCGCCGCUGCCGUCGCUGCUGCCGUCGCUGCUGCCGUAGCCUCUGCCGUCGCUGCUGCGUCGCCGCUGCCGUCGCCGAUGUUGUUGCCGUCGAAGCUUUGA